AUGGAUGGUGCAAGUAUAACAUGGCUGGUAUUUUUAACUAUAUUUGGAGUGAUGUUUAUUGUUACGUGUAUCUUAUCAUCUAUAAAAGCAGUAAAAGACAGACGAAUUAUAAAAAAGAAAAUAGCAGCCAAACAUGCAGCAAGAAUUAUUUUAAACAAACCAUCUGUGUUAGGUUAUACACGUCAGUUAUCCAGAUCAUCAGACGACGUUCUUUCACCAGUUAUCAACUCAGGGGGAGGUCUUAUAGCUGAACGAAUGCGGAAAGAACAACAACGGAGGCAACAAAAUAAAUCACCCACCAGAAAAUUUGAAAACAUUACAGCCGAUCCUCGUUCCGAAAACAGGGUCGAGCGUCGUCAGUAUUUAGAACGAAGUAUUCGACGGAAAUCAGGAGAUUAUGACAAUUUGGACUAUUUAGAACUUCAAAAUAACAAAUCACCGAAGCAAAAUGAUCCAUAUUAUAAUUAUUUUUCAUCAUCUCGAUCUGGUAGCAACCUUUACGUUGAUCGUCGCUGGAACGAAACGAAACCAGUCAAUGAUCACACAACGUUUACAACGCGGUCAACAUCGGAUGUGAGGAAGGCAGCAAGACUGAAUGUAGAGGACUCUCAGUCUAAUCAUAACAAACAAUACGGAAGUAGUAAAUCUUUACCCAGUCCACCAGACAAACUGUCCGUGUAUCGAACUCAAUCAGCAGAAAUGUUGAGUAGAAAUUCUUCCAGGCAAAGUGUUCGCAGAAACUCAUAUGAAGAAGCCAUGGCCAACGACGAGUAUUUCUCUAGUGGUUUAGCCAAUUCUGAACGCAUUGUAAAUAUGUACAGACAUUAUCCUAAUGGAAAUACAGGUGUGGAAAACAGAGCAUAUAUGAAAUCUGAUGAUAUACUUCGCCAAGUUUCGCUCUAG